CUCUGACCUACAAAAAAGAAAAAAAAAAACUCACCAAAUCAAAAGAGAGGAAGUGCUAAGCAAAUACAGGAACCAAAAAGAGUUAUAGAGGCUGCUUCACGCUGUCUCAUUCAGUUCCUUUGCGGUCCUCUUCUCCAGCACAUGCCAAAGCGUUUCCUCACAGCCUGUGCCACCAGAGCAUCUUGGGUGUGUGACAAUGGAAGAGUUGGAUGCCUUAUUGGAGGAACUGGAACGUUCCACCCUCCAGGAUAGUGAUGAAUACUCCACCCCAGCUCCUCUUCCCCUGGAUCAGCAUUCCAGAAAGGAGAGUAACCUUGCUGAGACUUCAAAGAUCCUUUCUGUUCAGGAUGACACAAGUCCCUUGACGGUGCAGCUUGUGUAUACUACCAAUAUCCAGGAGCCCAAUGUCUACAGUGAGAUCCCAGAGCCAAAGGAAUCACCACCACCUCCUAAAACCUCAGCAGCUGCUCAGUUGGAUGAGCUCAUGGCCCACCUGUGUGAAAUGCAGGCCAAGGCUGCAGUGAAACCAGAUGUCAGCAAGAAACACUUACCAGACAAGCAGGGUGACAAGCCUUCCCUGGACUCAAUGCUGGGGGGUUUGGAGCAGGAUUUGCAGGACCUUGGAAUUGCCACAGUGCCCAAGGGCCAUUGUGCUUCAUGUCAGAAACCAAUUGCUGGAAAGGUGAUCCACGCUCUAGGGCAAGCAUGGCAUCCAGAGCACUUCGUCUGCACUCACUGCAAAGAAGAGAUUGGCUCCAGUCCCUUCUUUGAGCGGAAUGGCUUGGCCUACUGCCCCAAGGACUACCACCAUCUUUUUUCUCCACGCUGUGCAUACUGUGCUGCUCCCAUUCUGGAUAAAGUGCUGACAGCAAUGGACCAAACCUGGCACCCAGAGCACUUCUUCUGCUCUCACUGUGGAGAGGUGUUUGGUGCAGAAGGCUUUCAUGAGAAGGACAAGAAGCCAUAUUGCCGAAAGGAUUUCUUAGCCAUGUUCUCACCGAAGUGUGGUGGCUGCAACCGCCCAGUGUUGGAAAACUACCUUUCAGCCAUGGACACCGUGUGGCAUCCAGAGUGUUUUGUUUGUGGGGACUGCUUCAGCAGCUUUUCUACUGGAUCCUUCUUUGAACUGGAUGGACGUCCCUUCUGUGAGCUCCAUUACCAUCACCGCCGAGGAACCCUCUGCCAUGGAUGUGGGCAGCCCAUCACUGGCCGCUGCAUCAGUGCCAUGGGCCACAAGUUCCAUCCUGAGCACUUUGUGUGUGCUUUCUGUCUGGCGCAGUUGUCAAAAGGCAUCUUCAGGGAACAGAAUGACAAGACCUAUUGUCUACCCUGCUUCAAUAAGCUCUUCCCACUGUAAUUGCAGCUGAACCCACAGCCUCUUCAGAUCCCCUAUAAAAUGUAAACCAAGAGAGGAAAGAAUACAUUUGUCGUUGCUGACCUUCUGCUCAAUAGGCUUAUAGAGAAAGUAAAGGUGAUGAGCAAAUAAGGGAACCUCUAAAUGUUACAUGACUAGGCUUGUAGUCUUAAGUUUUAGAUUUAUAGCCUCAUUUUUUUAAUCAGGUACUUGAAUUUAGAUCUGGGUCUUGCUGUCUAGUGCCUCUGCAGAUGUAUUUUCCACAUGCACACAUUCAUUCCAUCCCUGGUUUUCUCAGAUUUCCCCAUUUUUACCCCUACGAUGACCCUGCUCAUAUCUUCUCUCCUUUGGCUCUCAUCAUUGUCCCUUUUCAAGCUUUCCACAUUUCCCUGUGACUAAUUUUCCCAUAAUCACUGCUGCUGACUUUAUUUUGCUGUCAGGAAUCAUGAUCUUACUCUUAAGUUCUUUGCUUCUCCCUUUAGUAUAUUUCUCUUUUUCAAGAGGAAGUAGAUUUUAACUGAAGAACUUUAAAUACUGACAUUGUUGAUAAAUAAAAUGGCUUUCAGUUCUAAUAACUCACUGUCAUGUUUGGAGAUAAACUUUUGCUUCCUCUGUUAUAUACUAGGCACUAUGUGCAAUUAAAUUUGUAUCAUGUCUCUUGUUUACUUUCAUACAAUAAGCACUUUUUCAAUAAAAGUAAUUAAAAGGAGGGACUCCUAUUUACUAACUGUUCUCUUCAUUUGGACCUAUAACAUUCCUUUCAUUUUAUUUUUUGUGCUUAGAUGAUUGAGUCAUUUUAAGAGAGGACAAAGCUUGUUAAAAUUGUUUUCUCACUUAGUUUACGUAAGGAGAAAAACUGGAUCUCCACUAGGCACUUGCAAGUUCAUAUUUGCAUAUGUUUGCAUAUCUUCAAACUCAUCAAAUUAUGUACAUUAAAUAUGUCCAGUUUUCUUGUACAUCAAUUAUAUCUCAAUAAAGCCGUUUAAGAAAAAUGAAACAUGAAUCUUCCUCAACUUUGCAAUUGUCUCAUGGCUGUUCUUAGAACAUCUCUGAAGAAAGAUGCUAUAAAAGAUCAUUUGAUCAUUUUCUAGUUUGGAUUAGGAAAUCCAAGCCCCAAAGAAAAAUCUCCACUUACUUAUUUGUUCCUCUGCAAGAUAUUGUAAGUAAAUUUGUAGAAAAGCUUAUCAGAUUAUUAAAGAAUCUGACUUGCUUAUGUCUUACCUCAAGUAAGCUUCAGAAGGAGUCAUGCUUCCUCAAAAGAGGUA